CCAUUAGUUUAACUUGAAUAAUAUAUCAUAAGCGUUUUUAUAUCUCGUGCGCAAAAUCGUUAUUUUCAAUUUCUGCGCAUGUGAUAUUAUACAAUAAUUGCCUUUUGGUGAGGUCGAUAUGAGCCGCGCCAUGAGAAAACCAACAUCCGCCCAGUCUGGUCAGGAUCCAUGCUGUUUGCUAACGGUUUCUCUAAUCGCAAUAGGGAGCGGUGGUCUAGUGGAUAAGGUGUUGGCCGCUCAAUCCAGAGGUCGUGGGUUCGAGCCCCACUGGGGUCACGACCAUGACUUCUCAUAUGACACCAGUACUGGUUUUUCCAGGAAGCGGACUCGAGAGUGGUUACAAUAAGCUUGAAGCUUUCAUCACAAUCGAGCUAAAACAAAUUUGUAUAAACUAAAAACUAAUCGCAAUAGACAAUGUUGGUUUUCUCAUGGCUUGGCUCAUAUGUGGAUUUAUCGGCCUGAUAAAAGCAAUAUCAACCCCGAGCGAAUUUAUCGACUUGAUAUCGCUUUAACAGGUCGAUAAAUCCACAUAUCGACCACACAUAAAAACGACAAUUGUUUUAUUAUCAAAUCCAGCCUACUCGUAAGUAUAAACAUUAGAUACAAAUGUCUGCAGCCUAAGGUCAUCUUUCGUGGUUAAUUGUAUACGACGUCGCAUUGUUUUAACGUAAUAACGUGUGGACGUCACAGCUGGAGGUCAAUAUGUGUGUUUGGCUCCGCCUUCGAGAAAAUACGAUUUUUUAUCGUUGAACAUGUGACUACAUCUAGAACAAUGGAAAGGACUAUAAAUAUAGAUUUAAUGAUAAAACAAUAAUUUCAUAUCACAUGCGCAACAACGCUAUUUUGUUUUUCUGCGCAUGUGAUAUUACAUUUUCGUGUCUCCCUAUGAGAGAUCGAUACUUUCGUACUGAUUACAAGACGAUGCGCUUAUUUAUACAUAGGAUUAAAUUACUUUAUCUUGUGUUCAUACAUGUGUGAACCCGGCCUAUUUUUUGUGAAAAAAGAACACACUACUUAGUCAUUCCAUUUGAAAACAUAUAGGUUUUAAUAAUGGGCCUGCUAUACCAAAUGAAACAUAAUUACUUUUUGGAUAUAAUGGAAACCCAAAAAAUAAAUUAAUCUCCGUAAAACAGAAACGUCACAACUAUAUAUAUUUAGGGUUGAGCUAAAAUGUGAUUUCUCGACGCGAUUUGCGUAAGGAGUUUCAAUACAAUGCAAUAUCGGGUGAAGAUCAACUUUUACUAUUAUUUAAACAAGUUAUGAAGGAUGCAACUUGUUUCUGGAAAAUCCCGCUCAUUACACUUUCUUUACCGUAAAGUUGAAAAAAAAAAAUGUAAGAUUAAAACUUUUCCGAGCUGCUUUAUGGAUUUGGCCACACAUGGGCAGUUUAACAAACCAAUUAUAGCUGAAGAAUUACACUCAGAUCUUUCGUAAAAAACUGCAAACUAUCGUACAAUUACUCGGUAUAUACAAAAGAAGAGCAACAGUUUUAUUUGCAUAAUUACAAUAGGUUUGGUUCUACCAAUGAAAAACUCACAAAACGUAAGGUCUCAGAAUGCGACAGCAUUAAAGCUGCUCAAUAUAGAUCCAAGUACAGUUCACUUCCGGUGUGGUCACGUAACCAUAGUAAAGUAAGCAGUGUUAGAGUAAAUCGUCUGCAGUACAUUGUGAUAUUGAUAAAUUUACAAAAAAAAAUCUUAAUGAAGAAAUUUGUGAGAUUUGAAGAAACAACAUCCGUUCAAAGUUUUAUUUUGCUUUUUCGAGACUUAUUUGUAAAUUAUGAUUAGCGGGCUCAAACGAUCCUUCAGUUGUUAUGUAUCAAAAAUGCCGAGCACUAGCAAACUGACUGAAAAGGCAUUCUGUAUACAAUAAUAUAUCAAAUCAACCUAAAUAAAUUGCAAAGUUUUGCAAGAUAUGUCUAACCAUUGAAGUUUAAUUUUGAAGUAUCUAAAUUCAUAAUCUGAAAAUGUAGAGCAUUGGUAAAUAUCCAAACGAACCUUAACAAGUUCAAGUUUACUUGGUCUUUUUUCACGAAACAGUGGGAAUCGUUCUGUAUACUGAGUGCAGUUAAAUGGUAAUUUUGUUCCCAUUUAAAAGAUUUCUUUUUCGCGUCGAGUUUUGGUUCACCAACUAAUGUGAAAUACACUCGAUGACUGCUUCCUGGAAAGUAACCAGUACCCGCACCGAAAGAAGGGACUGUUGGAGUCACGGUCAAAAUCCGCUGACAGGAUUCGACCCCGCGACCUCCGGUUUACGAGACAUCUGUACAAAAAUGAAAAAAGGUAAAAUUUGUAUCUCGAUUCUACUCUAUAUAGUUUUGAACUAAUUUGAAUAUAACUUAAGUAAGUAAGUUUAUUCAGAGAUCACUUGCAAACUUAUUUGUUUCUAUAUAUUUGUUUUAUGGUCUUUGAGAUUUUUUAAAAACUUUUUAAUAAAAAGUUUUAAAAAACUGCUCAUUCUAUUCUCUAAAAAUUGUCAGUGAUAUUAGAAAUUAUUCGUAUUCAUUUUUUUUUGACAUAAAAAUAAUUUCCGUAAAGUCUCAUAGAACAAAAAAGUAUAAAAAAUCCUGCCUUUUUACUACCUUUUUUCUUUAGGCAUGUUACCGGACACAAAGAAUUAUUUAGGCUUUGGGAAUGCACAGGUGAAACAAAAACUCUUUGAGGCCCGAGAGGAAUUCCUUUCUUCGAAAUAUAACAACUUUUUGGACAAAACGUGAUUAUAAGAUAGUAUAUAAUGAUAACGAUACAAAAUAUCGGGAACUAAUUAGAAGGCUCGUCAAAACAACGCUAUGUAUAACGAUUUCCUGUGUACAAGUUUACAAAUUAUAUUAAGACGUUUUUGCAACCAGAAAGAACACGCAGUUUUAACCCAUUCAUCAAAAAAGUUCCUCGCGGGCAUCAUAAAGUUCAGUGUUUUUUUUUACUAAAUUCUAAAUAUGUAAGUUGAUAUCGACACGAUAUCAUUCGUAAUUAUAUUAGCCUUCCGUCCGUAAGUUUCCGGUGGUUUCCGUACAAUCAGAAUCGGCUAUUUCCGUGGUUUGGGCCAGGCCGGGUUUUAUUAAUAACCACGUUUGAACGCGCUAAAUUUAGAACCGGAGAUCUAUCUUACUUUCAUUUUCUCAUUUUUUUUCCUUUACGAUUAUGACAUUUUCGGUAAGUUUUUUUUUUCACAUGGAAGGUACUCUAUAUGUUGUUUGGAUAGAUUGUAAGCAAGUUAGUGAAGAAACAAUUUUUAUUUUUAAAACAUACUGGCAAUUUAAAAGAACUUGUUCGUUGUUGUUCCUUUAUGGCAAAUUAAACAAGCCUGGGGAUCAGUCCUUAUAAUUUUAGGACAUGUGGCACCCCUAGCGUUAAAAUUUAUCAAAAUUUGCCGGUUCCCGGCUUCGUUGAAGUCAAGGAACUUAGUGUAAGGUGGAUAGUGCAUUGUCGCUGUGCCAAGUGUCGAAAGUUCUUUUUUUCCUAUUUAAAACUGUAAUUAAUGCAAACGCAUUAUGGAAGAGCUACUUUACAAAAUCAAAGUAUGGUCAUACAUGCAAACAGUUGAUUUAUUCUGUGCAUCAGACUCAGAAGUAUAUGCAUGCGAACAUUUGAUAUAGAGCUAUGCAGGAAGUAUGUUAUCAAACACCAAGCAUAUAGUGUUUAUAUUCAUCAAAAUUGCGUUACAUAACAUACAUUUGUCUACAAUCAUAAAGCAUUUGACAAAAUGCAAUUGAAUGUUUGUCAUGAAUCAUAAAGCAUUUGACCAAAUGCAAUAAUGUUUGUCAUCAACAAUAAAGCACUUUACCAAAUGCAAUAAUAGUUGUUCUUAAUCAUAAAGCGUUUGAUCAAAUACAAUAAUAGAAUUUUUGCAUAAAUAAUCUUCCAUAUAUUUCGUCGGGCAUAUGUAAAUAAUGUCAUUACAGGCAAUUGUCAAAAUAAAAUACGUAUGCGUCUGUGUACAAGCAAUGAUCGAUUUCUUAUCUCAUUCAAGUUCGUCCUAUCAAAGUACAGUUUAAAUGGAAUAAUAGGAUUACGACACCACAGAGAAAGUCUUAAAAUGGAAAAACGUGUAAUCUUAGCAUUUACAGUAUGCAGUUUGGCAGUCUACGCUUUUGCUACAACACUUGAUGAAAAUUCUGAAGAGAAUGUCUUGCGAAACGUUUUGUUGGAACUCGCGAAUUUGAAGAUUUCAAAUAGACUGCUCGAAAAGCGAACCAUCGCCUUGGAAAAUGAAUGGAAAAUGAUUGAAAUACCGAUCAAUGACCUGGAAAAAUCGAACAAAGCGAAUAUUGAAAUAAAAAAUGAGCUCACUAACUUAAACUACAACUGCGAAAAACGAGUAGAUAACUUAUCAAAGCUGGUCAGAAAGCAAGGUCAAAGUCAAAGACAUUCGAUGAAUGAAAUGAAAAUGUGCGAUGAAAACUAUAUAAGUAUGCUAAGUGUUGCUGAACGAAAAUUAAAUGGUUUUGAAAAUCGAUUAAGCGCCGCCGGGAUGCUGCAAGCAGACGACAAGCCUGUUGGGAAAAUGAACAGUAACACGAUAUAUGAAACGAUCAUAUCUAGUGUACAGAUGAAGGAUUCCGAUAAGCUACCGUCCACCUACAAACGCAGUCCUAGUACAGAAUCGGUGUCUACAGUAAACAAACGAAUUACACCACCUGGAAGUCAACAACGCAUCGCUUUUUCAGCUCAUCUGUCGCACGAUCUUUCAGGUCUUGGAACCUCUCAGACCAUUCCUUUUGAUAUCAUCACCUUGAAUGAAGGUCAAGCAUUUGAUUCUAUUUUGCACACAUUUAUCUGCCCAUUGAGUGGGAUAUAUGUAUUUCAGUCGGCAAUAUUGUCAGCAAAUCACGACUGGAUGCAAACUGAAAUUGUUAAAGAUGGACAUGGUCUUGUAAACGUGGUAGCCCAUGGUUCAAAUGUUGAACACGGUCAUGACCAGGGAUUUAACUCUGUCAUCACCGCCUGUAACAAAGGCGAGAGGGUUUGGGUCAGAAAACGGGCUUUCUUUGGCGGAACUAACUUGACUGGCAAUCGUUACACUUCAUUUUCUGGUUAUCUGCUAUGGAGUACUCAAUAGAUACUGAUCGACAUGCAGCAAAGUUUAUUUUAAA